CUAUUGUUGGCAGCUGGAGCGCGCGUUCGUUAUUUCGUCUCGUUAGGGGUGGUAAGCCCGUUCAAUCUAAUUCACAUUUCAAAUAAUAAUGAAAAUAAUUAUGGUGCAGAAUCGAAGAGACAAAACGGAAAACAGUUUUGAAUAAGAGCUCGCGUUUGCAGGAUCUUGCCGACUUCAAUGUGGUCCCUACGCAGAGUCAGUACGUGACGAACAUCAGCUACCACUCUGACUCGGACGAUGCCGUCAUCGUCGAGACCGAGUCGCGAACCCCUAUCACCGGACCCAAGAUCGUAUCCUCCCGCGUCGUGGAGGAUCUCGACACACAAAAGACUGUUGAACUAAAGUUUGAAGAGCAAUUCAGUGUCACACAUUACUCGUUCGAAAUAGCUAAGUUUAAUGUAGACAAUGAUAAAGAUAAAAACCAAGGGGAAGACGAAGGUGAUGACGAGAUGUUUGGUGCGUCUGGGGGACUUCUAUUGGCAUCUGACGAAACCGCUAUUAAAAGCGACAGUAGCGAGGAUUUGGCUGAGGGUAGGCGGCAUCGAUCGCGCUCACGGAGGCGUAAGCACAAGCUGCAGGUGCGAGAUAAUUCUUGGUCGGUAGUGGAUGAUAAGUUACAGGAGCAGGAGUUUGAAAUGAUUGAGGGGGUUCCAUAUGAACCGUUGUCGCAAAGCGAAUGUAAAGGUUUUGAGGAGUCAUUUACGGAGAUAAUAGAGCAUCCUGCCUAUGUAUCUUUGGAUAGCGAGAAGUGUGGAGACGUGUUUGGUUCAGAUCGCGCAGAUGCGCCUUCAAAAUCGAUUAGUAUUACUGAGGUUAGUAGAAUGUCCCCACAUACUGUCCAAGACAAUCUGGGGUUGUCUCAGACUGUGUCCUUUCAGUCUAAUAUAGAAGAUGUGGCAUUUCCAGGGCAGACUAGUAUUCCAAUGAGUCCUAUGAGUAGUAGUUAUUCUUCGCCAACUAGGGGUCAGAUUCCAUCUCACGGGCAUGAACCCGAACCUUCGGGCCGAGAGUCAGACGACAAGAAGAAGCGAAUCAGCGGAAAAGACAAUGAGCUUGAUUUCGAUGCGGGUAGCGAAGCUGUUUUGAGUGAUACUUGUCAAUCUGAGUAUGAAAUGUAUAGGUCAGCAUAUGAGCAUAUGGGAAGAGAUACAUCCGAAGAUUCAAUGUUCCUAAGUGCAAGAGAAGAUGUUGAAGAAGCUCAGUUUACAGUAGACAUGUCCUAUCAAACGGAUCGGGUUAAUUCCUCUAGCCCGAUAGAGAUACCUGAGCGUGAAUUAGGAAAGCAGUGUGAGGUCAGCAUAUAUACAAGCGAACAAACAAGAAUGCCCACACUGGCAUGGCCCAGUGGGGUGGAAGAAGUUAGUCGGGGAAUGCCGCAAACCUUAAUAAAAGUCUACCAAGAAGAGAAUGAUAGACCUAAAUCCAGUGAAAAAUUGAAUGUGACUGACGAGCAGGCGAAAGAAGAAGUAGUCGAGCAGAAGCCAAAAAAAAAUGAAACGAAGGUGGCUUCGGGUGCUGAUUUAGUAUCCUCAAAAGCAGUUGGGGCAUUCCCGGCGGUCGAAGAAGUCUCAAGUCGUUUGGUAUCAGAACCUUUUGCAAAGAAAACCGAAAUUACUGCAACAAAAGGGGCUGCAUUGAUUCAAAGUAUUGAAGAACGUUCAGAAAUGUCAUCGGGAGUUCUUAAAAAUACAAACAGUAUAUCGCCUUGUCCUAAAGAACUAGCAGAUGAAAACCAGUUAAGCAAUUGGUCUAGCAAUGUUUCUAAAAAGGGUUAUAAUCGAGACAAAGAGGAAACAGUCAGCGUUUUAUCUGAAGAAGUAAACUUAGCGUCGGAUGUAUAUAAAGCGAAAAUCCGUAAUUCUGACAAACAAACUAAGUCUGUCCAACAGCAGCCCGAAUAUGCUGAAAUUCUCUCACAAAAAGAAACAAUGCCGGAGUCGAUCAGCGACCAUAGUAUGCCCGGACCAUUUAUUGAGCUUUCGGGUGAUAGCAAAACAUCUGAGAUAACAGAUAAGGCUAUUCAAAGAGGGCAGAAAGAAGCUGAACUCGAUAAAGAAAACGAGACUGUUCGUAAUGCAACAGGAUCUAUUAAACAAGCUAGGUUUAAGAUCGACAAAAAGGAUCAAUACGUACCAGUAGAUGAGGAGCAGUCGGCUUAUCCAAUCGCCGACGAACCUCAGGAGACAGAUGAUGUUUUCGACUGGAUGUCACUCUUACCAUCAAAAGCCCAACGUGAAUAUCCAGUAGUUCCUUCAUCAGUAGCUGAUGAAGUGAUCUCCAUCGAAGCUCCCAAAGUUAUCGAAACCGACGAGACCCUCGACCAGGGUGCUGCCUAUGGGGCCAGUAAAGGAUCUAACAUGGCAAUCCUAACAUCCGCAGAGUAUCGGGAUGAAUGUCCGCUGGCCUCUUCUGAUGACUGGGAUCGCGCGCCGCUCCCUGUAGAUACGUACAGUGACCAUGACAUGAAUGAAAGUCCAAAAAAGAUAGUGAAAAAGGAAUCCAAAAUAAAGGAGAAAAAAGAUUAUUUUCAAGCGGAAAACCCCGUUCCGAUAUCAGAACUUACAAGUGAACGACUUGUUACUGGGGAUGUAGUUAGUCCGACGGCAUCCCAAUGUGAAGAGCAAAAGGUGACUUUUGAAUUUCGUCACGGCCAAAUGGAUAUCUGUGAAAAAACCCUCGAUGAAGCCGACAGUCAGAAAAGUAUGAAAAGAUUUAGAGAAGAAAUACACGAAAAAUGUCAAACGAAGGGAAUCGAAGACUUCGACCUAUCAAGUAGUACGCCAAUUCCUCUUGAAGAUCCGGAGAUGCUUGAGGACGUCUUUGACUUUAUAACACCUGAACUUGCAAAAGAACAAUUCAAACUUCAUCAAGUUAAGAUUGCGACACCUGAAGGACCGAUUUUGCCAAACACAACCGAACUAAGCUCCGAAACUGACAAAACCGAGAAGACUAAAACAACAAGGUUUCAUUCGACAGCGGAACAACCCGCGCAGUCUUACCCAGUUCCCGUCGCCGAGGGGUCGAUUCCAAUGGAUAGGACCAUUGUAGGGAUAGAAAGAGUGGAAUCUAAAGACCAAUUGUUGUGCGCAGACGACACUCGGAUGACAACUGACGUUUCUCCUCUAAUAAGAUCUCCAUCUGCGAACAUUCAUGACGAGGGGUCUACCUUUAUUGUUAAAACGCCUGAGAAAGAAAGCGAAAGUAGGCUUAAUACAAUUAACGACCAAGAUACCUGCCUAGAACCGGCUAAGAAAAGGAAGUCCAAGAAAGACAAGAAGGAAGCCGUACCAGCAAUGGCACACUCAACAGAAGAGCUGCUGACCACUUAUGAGACACAGCAAAAAGGUGAUAUUCUGCAUUCUAUGAUACCCCAACUUACAGGUGACCAAUCCGAUGACGAAAUUCUCUUUUCUAUGUCGGAUGAGUGUGUACAAGAUAUGGUUGAAUCAGAGAAGAAAGAGUCCGUCGACGAUAAGGGCAUAAUCUUCAAAAGAGCUAAAGAGCCAAGUGACGCCAUAUUUUCUCCAGAUAUUCCUAGUCAGCACGAUGCUUUGGAGAUCGACAAGGCAGCAAAGGGAAAAGAAGGAAAAAGGAGAGAAAAGAAAAUAGCAUCUGUACGAGUUGAAGAAUUGACAAAUGAAUCGCCGGUGACAAUCCCAAUUGAAACAGAAAAAGUCAGUGGUAUGGUUGCACCGGAAAAUUCAGAACAGCAAUUCGCGCAACAAAAGGCCAUAAAAUCUAUCCCUCAUGUCAUUGAGACUCCUAUGAGGGACCAUAACACCACCUCAAGUAUGGAGAAGGCAAGUAAUAAAACGUUUAAGAAAAAUCAAGAAAAGGGUGCUUCUGCUAUCGAGAAACUACAUCCGGUGCAAUAUUCUGCGUAUGAGUAUCAAACGUUCGAGGACGUUUUUGAAAUGUCGACACGCCAACCCUUGGAGGAACACCCCGAAGUUUUUCCGAAGGCAAACGAGACAUUGACUUCGAUGGAGCCUUUUAAAACAGUUACCGCCGUUGGCGCGACUGCAUCGUUUGCGUCAGAUGCUGAAGAAACUCAGUCAGAGGAUAGCUUUGGCCUUAUAAUACCUACUGACUCGCGAAAGCAACCUAAACCCAUAAGAAUAUUGUCUACAUCAUCCGAUGCACUUUCUUCGGCAGAUUUUUCCCAAAUAACCUGCGGUACUGCUUACACCGAGGACGAUGAGUUCAUACCAAAAACCGCUACAAUAUCAGAGAUCACUGAAGAGGAAACGCUGCUCACAAAGGCUACCGUAACAUCAGAAACCACUGAAGAAGUUCAUACAGAAUACGAUGUAUUUAAUCUUACGACACCUCAGGUUGCAACAGAACAAUCUGAGUGUUCCAAAGUUUUUUCAUUAAGAGAUGAAGUGGCUGUUUCCAUGGGCACGGAGGAGACUGCCAUCAGCCAAGAAACCGCUGAGAGUAAAGACAAAGUACUGAGCGAUGUUCUUGAUGCUACAGCCUUUGCAUUAUCGGGAGCCUAUAUCAAGGAAUCUAACGAUAUUGGUAAAAUUUCCAAGGAUCAUAGUGAUAUUAUUUCAAACAUUUCGGAUGAACAGGAUGAUCUCUCAAGUGGUUAUGACAUUAGCGAGGGUUCGACGAAGUCAUCUAAGAGAAAAUCGAAAGACGUGGAGAUAAAGAAAACCAAACAGCCCGAAGACGUGAUGACGGAAUCGCUGACGGCGGUUGGUGAUCCGAUAAACACAAAAACCAUUGAUUCAACGGUGCUUCGACCCAAUGUGGAAGAACAAAGGCCCCUACAUUCCCAUAGCCUUGAUAGCAUACAUGAAGAUGUCCUUAUCGGUCGUGAAGGUUCUAAUAGAGAUAAAAAGAAAAGGGCGAAAAAGGAAAAGCAAAAAGUUGCUCGUGCAGCUGAGAAACAGACACUACCAUCAAGUGAUGGUCAUGUAAUCGAUGAUUACACAACGGGAAAUUAUCUUGGAGAAAAUCAACCUACAUACUCUGAAAUGCUACCGUCAGCUGUCUAUCAAGGAGAAAAUAUUGAGAGUUCUAUGAAAACGGCUCAGACUAACGAAAAUAUCUCCCCCAUGAUGGCACCUCAAUAUUUAAGUGAACAAUUCGAACAUCGAGAGGCACUCUCUACAGAAGUAGAUGAGGUGGCCUCAACGGUGGCCCUAGCGGCAGUCACUGACGUCGAAAAAUCCGCGGAGACCAAGGUUUCUUCCGCCAAGGACAACCCAGUCGUCGAAGGUGUAUUUGAUAUGACAACAUACCAGCCGCUAAAAGAGCAACCUAAAAAUAUAAAGCUGCUUUCUACUACGGAGAAAAAAUUUACUACAAAAGUUGCUGGCGAUAUAUUUAUCGAUUCUGAGAUGGUUAGGGAGAACAGAACAUUGCAGAUUAUUGAGGAGCCUCUGCACGUUCGUGAAAGUGCACCUCAAGAGGUGCAGGAUAUCUCUGACCUGAUGGCACCUCAUUCUCCGAGGGACCAACCCGAAUAUCGAAGAGCGUUUACUGCAGCAAGAGAAGAAACAGCCUUGAAGGGAUCCGAUACGGAGGUUGCCGGAGUUGAGAAGCCUUUGAAGGUUGUUGUCAGUGGAAAUGUCAGUGAUCAGGCUUAUAUGGAGCAUAUUUCCAAAGCUACAGACAAGAGACCUAAGGAAGACAAAAAGAAAGAACGAACAUUGAAUGAAGUUGACAUGGCAUUGCCCGGUCACGAAGCGACCGAAAAUCAAGUAAAGCUCAAACUCGUGGACGCAACGCAUGCAUCAAGUUUGACCACGCCUUUAUUGGACAGGAACAUAUCCGAUAAGCCGAAUGCUAUUUCCGAAUCCUCUGAGGAGCAAGAUGACACCUCACUUCAGCGAGUUAGUAGUCCUGAUACGAGCGAGAGUUCACGUAAAAAUGUGAGAAAAAGAAGGAAGAAAAAUAAAAAAGAUGUAGGUUUACAGAUUGGAAGGUCAACAACAAUCGCCCCAUCGGACUUAGAACCUGCAUUGUUUGAGACUGACUCUGCAACACUUCAGUCCAUUGAACAAUUGGCACAUCUUGAAGCUAUUCCAGACACUCGCAAAGAACCGUACAUCAGCGUGAGUAUUGUUAAUAACUACAAUUCUAGUGAAAGUGCGGCUAAACAGAAAAAGAAAAAGUUAGAAGAACAUAAGGAAAAUGCAGUCCAGUUUCCUUCUCACGCAAAUACCGUAUUAUCUCAUUUACAGGCGGUUCAAGUAGCCAGAGAUGUUUUUGAUCUGGAUGCACCUCUGGAUGCUGGCGAAAAGCCAAAUGAUUCUGAAACGCAGCCAACAGGAUCUUCGUCCCCGGAACUUGCAUACACAGACGAUGCUGAAGUCGUUAGCUCCGUUAAGAUAACUGAAGAGAAACAGGAAUCAGACGCUAUUGGAAAGACCAAAGCUUUUCCAUUGGAAAGUAUUCCGGUUGUCGAUGAUAAUUUCAAUUUGAGGACGUUCUUGCCCCUAAGAGAACAACCUGAGAUUGUUGACUUGGAGGAGGAAGUGUUCGCUUCAGCAGACAACGGUCGCAUGAUAAGUGGAACCUUCGACCGGGCAACAUCCCCACCUUUGAGAAAACAGGAUGAUAAUCUAGACAUAACUGUUAAAGCGUCUCAAGGACAAGAUGGUAUUUCUCUUACUAGCGAUUACCCUAUAGGGGAGAAUGUUGACAAAACUAAAAAGAAAAAGUCCAAAAAAGACAAAAAGAAGGCUCUGACUCAGUCUCAGGUAGCCGGUGACGCCUUCAAUGUGCCGACACUUCAGCCUAUCGAAAUAACUACCGAUGAUUUGUUUAGAACUGAAGAGCCCUUACGUAAAGAGGGACGCCAAAGGACUGAUGAUAGUGAACUAUUAAGAAAGAAAUUGGAUUCCAUUGACAAACCCGCUGACGUACCAGAAGGCAUUUUGGAGACCUUUAGUGAUCACGAUACGAGCAUUCCUAUAGAAAAGAUAGGGAAAAAGGGAUCCAAGCAAGAUAAGGAAGAAGCUACGCCACUUUUACCGCCAGCAGUAGACGAGCACUUGGUAACUGAGAAUAUCAUCGGAUUUUUGGAGCCGUCGCCUUUAGAAGGACAGGCUACAUUUUCUGAGACCAUACAGUCCACUGACCAGCAUACGGUCGUAAGUGGAACUGCUGUCAGCGACCAGGGCACUAGUGGAAGUGUUGACAAAGUUGAAAAGGACGAAUCCGAUAAGAAGCCCGUCCUAGCCGUUAAUCGAGGAGAUAAUGUUCAGCUUUUAAGCAAGGAACCCCAGUUGAUCGAAGACCAGUUUAGCUCAAAGAUAUCCCAGCCACCAAAAGAGCACCCUGAACAGCCCGAGCUAACUGCUACAACUUCCGAAGACCUCAUCUCUGAAGCAGUUUUUGGAGCCUUUAGCGAUAAAGAGAUACUCGAAAUCGCAGAAGAAAUUAUUUCCAUAACGACGCCCUCUUCAGUAGACGAAGUCCAAAGUACUGAAAAUAUUUUUGAUACAACGAGACCACAACCUACAACGGAACAACCCGAACGUCCUCAAGUCGUAUCAUUAGAGGAUGAAGCGAUUAGUUCUGUCGAUGCUCUUCAAGCUGUAACAGACUAUGUCAUCAAUGUUCAGGAACAAGGUCAAUCCGAAACUGUUGACAAGGCGCAGUUAGAAGAUGAGGUAUCCGAUGCUACUAAGUCGCUUUCGACAAGAACACACUCUGAAGCUUUGGAUGAGGCCUCAAAAGCCCAGGAGAUUCGCAGUGACUUCCCAUCUCACGAUGAUAUCUCUGUUGACCAUGACACCCAUGAAAGCGUAGAUAAAACUAUAAAGAAGAACUCGAAGAAAGAUAAGAAAAGUGCUGCUGAUGACAAGCAAGUAGAUGCUGAAAAUGCUACACACUCUUCCACGAAAGAGCCUGACGAUGGCGAAGAUGUCCUUGACUUAAUGACACCACCACUUACAAGAGAGCAGCCCAAGCAUUCUCAGGUCCUACCAGCAGAAGGUGAAGAGUUUAUUUCGACCAAAAGCGCCAAGGUUUUAACUGACUUCGCUCUAAUCGAAGAAGGAGAUCAAGCUGACGCUGUAGCCGGCAUUCAAGUCACAAGGGUUGUGACCGCCAGUGACCAGGCCAUUACCGAGAACACCUACAGUGGUAAAAAGAAAAAGUCCAAAAAAGAUAAGAAUAAGCCCGUUGUAGCUGGUGAUAAAGAAGAGAAAAUGCCAUGUCCUGCCGAAGGAGUCCAAGUGACCAAAGACGCGUUUGACUUGAUAACACUCCACCCAAUAAAAAAUCAAUCUGAACAUCUCAAGAUACUCGUUAAAGCGCCCGAAGAAUUUUCUUCAAUAACAGGUGAGACACUCGAAAAGGAAUCGAAGACUUCCGUCACAGCCACGCCUCAAAAAGUAAAUGAAAUCGAAGACGUCUUCGAUAUGAUGACCUCGCAUCCUGCAGGAGAGCAGCCCAAACAACCUUACAUUUUACCUGCAACUGAUGACGUGAUUAUUUCCGCAAACAUUAGCAACACUGCAAGCAAUUAUGCCUCUGUCGAAAACAAGAGUAAGUCCGAACCUGUAGAUGACACUCAGGUAUCAGGCGCUGUGUUCGAACUUUCAACAAAAGUCAUUUCCAAAGUAGCUUCAGUACACGACAGGGAUAAGCUUUAUGAGGAUAUCGCUUGUGAUCGCAACAUAAGCGCCAAAGGUGACAAAGGCAAAACGCGAAAAAAUGAAAAAGAGAUGCAGAGGGCGACAGAAGCAACAGACGAAACAAAAGCAGUGCUGUUAGCGGUAGAUGAGUCACAAACUUUUGGGGUUUUUGACCGUAUGACACCCCAGUAUUCAAACGAACAGCCGGAACAUCCGCAUACCUUGACUUCACUUUACGAACAGUGCAUCCCAACAGAAAGUUCAAUAGUUGCAGCUGCCAUCGACACAAACGAAGCUACGGAAGAAGGUAUGCCGACCAUUGUCGACCUCUCAAAGGCCAUCGUAUCGUUCCCAAAAAAAGAUGGUCCAAUAAUCGAGGACAUCUUCGACCCAACAUCAUCACAACCUGAAGCUUCACAGAUUCUCAUCAGUAAAAGUGAAGCACCUGCGCCAAAGGGAGCGGUUAGUGCGGGUACCGGCGCUAUGUCUGACCAUGAUGUUAGUGCAAGUAGCGAUAAGCCUAAGCAGAAAUGCGAAACAAAUAAGAAGAAGCUUGUGUUAACUAAUGAUCAAACAACGGAAGUACCGUUAGGAUUCAAUGAGAGUCAAGUCAACGUUGACGCAGCAAAGUGUCUCGUCGCUGACGAAGGACCUAAAGACCAGGUAGACGCUUAUACGGAAGAACAGAGACCCCCAACAACGGAGGUCACAAAAAUCGUCAAUUUUGGUGCUGUGAAAGAGCAAGAUAAAUCAGUUUUUCUAGAGCAACCUGAACCAAUAGAUGACGUUUUUCUCGCACCGCUUCCAUCUGCAAAAGAGCAACACGAGCAGCUAACGCAUGCUCUUGAAAGUUCCAGUGAAAAGCUACCUGAUUUUGGUUUGGACGCUUUCAGCGGGCAUGACACCAGCAGCAGUACAAUAAAAAAGAAAAAGAGAAUUAAGGAAGGAAAGGAAAAAGAAUCUACACCGGCCAAAGAGACUAUGGGUCUGAUGGCGGCUGAACAUGAGAAUGAUGAGAACCACCUUAAAGCUGUUCUUCUCCAGCCAGCGGAAAAGCCGUCCGUAAAAUCGGAGCACAUUGAAGCUACCUAUGAGCUUACGAGCACCACUGAGGCCGUAAUGAGCGAUCACAACACCAGUAAAGAUUCUGAAACAACGAAAAAGAAAAAAUCGAAGAAGAAUAAAGACAGGUCAACUCUAAUAGAGGAGCAGUUUGACAACGCUGAAGUUUCUUUUACUGCAGUUAAGGAAACCAUUUCAACAAGGGCUAUCGAGAUGAUUCCCGCUACUAAUACAAAUAGAGAAAAUACAAAAUUUACGCUGACUGACACAGCCACAUGUUUUCCUGUCGAAAAAGUUGACUUUAUCAGUGACGUUUCUGAUCUUACAGCACCUCGAGAGCUAACGGAGCAAGCUGAACAUUUUGACGCUCCUCCACCACAAAGCGAUUUCAAAGUCCUAUCAACCCAGAAAUAUACACCUGUUAGUGAAACUGGUGAAAUUCAGGAAAUUGAUCGUAUAUGUACACAAAUAUUACCUACAUUUAUCAAGGAACACGACGAUAGGUCCGGUACAAAAAUAUCUGAGCGGCUAGAUGACGCUGCUCAGGCCAAUGCAAGUGAUCGCGACGCCAGCGAAGGCACCGACGACAUUGAAAAGAAUAAAUCUGAAAAAGACAAGAAAAAAAUGCCUCCUGCCAUCGACAAGGAGAAACUGAUUUUGUUACCAUCCAAUGCAGCUCAGGCAAUUGAUGUCGAUAUAAUGGGAAGGCACAUUGAGUGGAAAGGAGAGCAUCCUAAAAUGCCACCCUGUGCAACAGAUAAAAUUACCUCUUCAGGCGUUCUUGAAGUGGCCAUAGAGAAAAACACCGUUCAGACGCCGCUCGAACGCCUACAAGUUCCCACAGCAGAGGAUGGCGAAUUGGUGCCUAUAGAGCCUGCCCGAACUGCCAUUAGCCACAAGGCCGUUGAAGAUGCGAAUGAGCUUAUGCUUGCAGAAGCAAUGCAGCCAGAUAAUGCAUCUAGUGUUGUAUUGUCUCCAUAUACGAAGGAACAUUCUGUAAGUGGUGUCCUAUCUCAAAACGAUAGCUCCGGUGACCAGGAAGCUAGUGCAAAUACAGAAAAGACCGAAAAGAAGAAACUAAAGAGUAAAGAGAAAAAUACCGUGACAACUGGUGGUGAUAAGGAUGUUACGCAGGCUGUUGAGGAUGUUUUCGACACGAUGACUCUUCAGCUUUUAGAGACACAACCUGAGGAUCAUCAGAUUGUACUGGUAGAGGGUGAGGCAAGCAAAAUGGCAGAUAUUAGUAAGCUUGAUGCCGACCUUAAUGUCAUUGAAAGUGAAACCGACGCUAUGUCCCACCCAACGGUUUUGUUAUAUUCGAUGCACCAAGUUGAAGAUUCAGACGAUAGUCCCACACCCUUUGAGGGUUUAAGUUAUGACACCACUAACAAGGAUAGCGAUGUUGAUCAUGACAUUAUUAAAGGCAAGGCGAAAAUUAAAAAGAAGAAACCGAAAAGGGAUGAACAAAAAAUCACCAAGCCGGCUGAUCCAAAAAAUGUUCAACAAUUGCCAAUAACGGAGCCCAAAGUUAUCAAAGAUGUUGUUGACACGAUAACAUUUCAGCCUGCUGGGGAACAGCGUGGAGAUCCCCAAAUCCCUCCUCCACAGGCGAGCGAAUUUACCCCAACAAACACUAUGGAAGUUGUCACCGACAUCAACAAAAGUGACUUUUACGAGAAAACUGUAAUAACCACUAUUGCGCCAUUAAAUGUCACGGUGCCUUCCCAUGAAGCAAGCGCUCAAAUAACAGACGACGUUUUUGGCGUAACGUCACCUGAACAUUUAGGAGCACAACCCAAACAUCCUCAAGCCCUACCAGCCAUAGGUGGUACAGGAGAUCUUGUCAUCACGAGUACCCUCAGCGACCGGGAAGUUAGCGAGGACACUGAAAAGGUUAAUAAAAAGAAAAAGUCUGGAAAAGAUAAAAAGAAGCCAGUUGUAACUAUUAAACAAGGAAAUAAAGUUUUGUCUAGUGCUGAUGAACGCCCACUGGUCGAAGACGUGUUCGACAUAACGACAUCCUAUCCAUUAAAACAGCGACCGGAGCACCCUGAGACGUUCUCCGAAGCACUCGAUAUAUCUACCUCUAGGGUUUUUCGUGAAAUUGCUGAUGCCAAAGAUACACCUGAAGAAAGUUCUGAAGUCACUCUUUCGACAGAAUCCUUGUUAGUCGAAGAACUAGAAAUGGCCGUGGACGUGUUUGAUUUGAUGAUGCCGUUGUCUGAGAAAGAACAGUCGGAGCGUCCUCAGAUCAAAACAGCAGAGGAUGCAUCGACCAUUUCUGCCGCUGUUACUCAACCUGUAACCGAACAUGCGGUCACUAUUCAAGAAAAAGAUCAAUCCAAAGCUAUUGACAAAGCGCAGGUAUCACAUGAAGUAUCCGAUGCUGCUAUGUCAUUCUCGACAAAACACCGUGAGGGUUUGGAUCUGACUUUGAAAACCCCGGAGAGCCUUAGUGAACUCGUAUCUCACGAAUAUGUUCCUGCUGACCAUGACACCAGAAAGAAAAAUUCGAAGAAAGAUAAUAAAAAGGCUGCUGAUGAAAAACAAGAAGCUACUAAAGAUGCUACACAGCUGUCCAUGAAAGAGUCUCACAAUGCUGAGAAUAUCUUUGAUGUAGUGACACCUGGUUCCGCAACAGAACAGCCCGAACAUCCUCAGAUUCUACAAGAAGGUGACAAGGUAAUUUCAACCGAAGGUACCGAGGCUUUACCUAAUGUUGCUUUCAUUGAAAGAAAAGAUCAACCAGAAACUGUGGCUGACAAGCAAAUGACAUGCGUUUUCGUCACAGGUGACAAAGAUAUUAUCGAAGGCAGUGAUCAAAGUAAAAAGAGGUUUGAAAAAAGUAAAAAUAAACUUUAUCGCGCUGACGACCAAGCAGAAAAGAUGCCAUCGUCUGCCGAGAAACUCCAACUGGCCGAACAUGAGUUGAAUCUUAUGCCGCCCCAAUCAGCAAAGGAACAACCCGAACAUCUUGAGGUACUUGCUAAAGCAUCCAAAAAGGUAUCCUCAGUGGCGGUGGCUAAAAUAGCCUACGACAGAGCGCCAGUUGAAAAAAGAUUAGUCACCACUAAAACAGGCACACCCGAAGCAAUGCAUGAGAUGCAGGAUAUCGAAGACGUCAAUAAAUUAAUGACUACGCGGCUCGCAAGAGAACAACACGAACAUCCUUAUAUUCUACCCGUAGACGAGGAAGUAAAUCUCUCAACCGAAAGCACUAAAUCUUUAACUGAUUGUGGUGUGAUUGGGGGAAAAGAUCAACUUGAAAUGGCAGGUAGCACACAGGCGGCAGAUGCUAAAGUUGAUACUGUCGCCAGGGGGCAGAAAACUGGCGAGGGCACUGGCAAAGGUGAAGGGAAGAAGUCCAAAAAAGAUAAAAAGGUACCGGUUUUAGUUGCUGACCAAGGAACGAAGGUCCGUUCUUAUACCGAGAAACCUCAGAUGUUUGAAGACGAUUUUGAGCGGAUGACAUCUCAGCCAGCAGGAGAGCUCAGCCGAGCUACCGAGCGCCGCCAGCUUCCAACGAAAGCGUGCGAAGAAUUUACUUCACCAAAAACCUUUAAAAUAACCCAGGACACACAUAUAUUCAAUAAAGGGUCAGAUAUUAUAGCCACAGCCGCGCCUUUAGUAGUAGACGAGUCAUCCAUUGUCGAAGACACUUUUGAUCUGAUAACACCACUUCCUGUAAAAGAACAGUUCGAGCGUCCUCAGCUCAAAACAGUAGAAGAUGAAUCAAUUAUUUCCGCUGACGUUACUCAGGCUGCAAGCGACUAUGUAACCAUUGUUCAAGAAACAGAUCAAUACGAAGCUGUUGACGCGGCGCAGGUGACAAACGCAGUGUCUAAUCCAAACUCACGCUCCGCAAGACAAGGUGAAGGCGUGGAGGUGACUUCAAAGAUUCCGGAGCGCCUCAGUGGCGUUGCACCUCACGAAGGUGUCUCCAUUGAUUCUGACACCAAUGAAAGUAAAGAUACAACUAAAAAGAAAAAGCCAAAGAAGGAUAACAGGAGGGCUGUCAGAGCUGAUAAAAGUGCUUUACAGUCACUUACGAAAAAGCCCGAUGUUAUCGAGGAUGUGUUUGACAUGACGACACCUGGGCUGUCAAGGAAACAACCCGGUAAUUCGCAAACCCCUGCUUCAUCUAUUGAGGUGCCCAUGUCACCAGAAACUGUUAGAGGCAUGACUGAUGUUAACUCAAAAAAAAUAAACGACGGAGGUGUCCCAGUCACUGUCACAGCCUCAAAAAUAGAAGUUCAUGAAGGAGAAGUUCAGAUAAGUGAAGAUGUCUUUGACCGAACGACGACUCAGCUUUCAAGUAAACAACCCGAUUAUGUUCAACCUCCACAAUUAGCGGAUGAGAUGGCUAUUUUAACUGAUGUUAGUAAACUGAGAGCCGAUUACACGGUGAUGGAAGGUAGACAUGAACCCGAAAUCGCAGAUAGAAUUCAGAUUACGGACUCUCUAGUCGAUCCAUCGGCAAAUAUUAGCCCUGUUAUCACUCUAGAGCUUGAUACCGCUAAUGAUCGUAGUGUGACAAAUAAAGACGACAAGGCUAAGAAACGUAAGUCUAAGAAAGAUAAAGAAAAGCCAGCACAAAUUACCAACGAAGGGAAAGGUGUCCCAUUAACUCUUGAGAAACCGCAAGCACUUGAUGUUUCUGGCAGGAUGACACCUCAGCCUGCAGGAACACAGUUCGAACACCCCGAAACUCUCCAAAGACAGUCAGACAAACUUACAUCCACAGAAACUGCCAAGAACACUACUGAAGGCAAAACUAUUUGUGCGAUUGAGGGUGACGAGGUACCCGUAAUUGGAGAGGACUUCCAGCCAAUAAUACCUUUAUCUGACAAGGAGCUGGACCGGAUAUCCGUAGCGAUUUCUCUGACUACUGAAGAGCAAGAUGAUCCCAUUUGUUUUAAUGGAGCCGCCUAUGAAAAUGAUACAAGAGAAAAAGCCAGAAAAGUAACAAAGAAGAAAUCGAAGAAAGGCAAAAAAAAGGCAGAAUCACAGGUUGAAGAACCGACUAAAGAACCUUUAAUACUGGGCAAACGUCUGGUGACUGGCAUUGACGCUAAUAUGGCGCCUCCCCAAGUUGCAAAAGCGUAUUCCGAACGGUCCGACGUCGCUCAGACGUACAUUGAAUUGAUAGAACCUACAGUCAGUGACCAUCACCCCAGCGAAGGUAUUGAUAAAGCUAGAAAGAAAAAGUCUAAAAAAGAUAAAAAGGCAGCUCCCAUGAUUGAUGAGACAAUGGCAACUUUUCAAGAUGAGCUUCGAUGUAGUGGUGAUGUUUUGGACUCUAAAACAGAACAAUCGAAACACCAUACGGUUCUAUCAGCAAAUGCUAAAGAAUUUAUUCCUGCGUGCGCCGCAGGAAUCGUGAUUAACAAUAGUGAGAGCCAACACUUAUGCUCUACCUCAGUAUCAAAACUUACCCCAACCAUAGCGUCAUCGUCCUCUGUAGAGGAAUGUCAAAGGGUCGACAGCGAGUCUUAUUUGAUGACUCCUGGACCCCCGGAGGAACAGGCAGAGUCUAUUCAAACAGUCGCCGACCUUUCUACAGCUGAGAAGGGUAAAAAUGAUUUAACAGAGUACAUGACACCAGUAACAGAAUUGUUCUCCACAGAGGAAUCACAACAGAUCGAAGACCUAAUGACACCUCAGCCUGUAAAGGGACAGCCUGAACAUCCUGAAAUUGCUUCGCCUACAGGUGAUAAGUUCAUCUCAACGAACCGUAGUAAGACAAACAAGCCAGUAGACGAAAGUCAAAAAAUGUAUGACACUUCUGCUUUGUUUGAAGUUCAGCCUACUAAAGGGAAAGAGAAGGAGCUCCAAGCUUUAGAUACGCCCCCAAAAACUGCGAUCCUUGGACUUAAUGAUCCGGCUGAGGCUGUCACUGAUGCACAAGAUACUGGUGAUAGUAUUGACAAGGUCCACAAAAAGAAAAAAAGGAAAAACGUGAAGAAAACCGCAUUCCUUACCAGUCAGGAAAUAAAGCAUAUAACUAAUAUUCAGCCGCCUCAGGAGUACGCUGGCGUACUGCCACAAGAGCUUAAGGGGCUGUCUGAAGCUUACUGUCUGCCAGAACAGCUUGUCGUUACCUCUACCAAUGACGAGGGCGUAUGCCCGCUUGCUAAAGAGUCCGAAAUGGGCCUGACUCACGAAGACAUGCCGCCGAUGUUAUUUACAGUUAACCAUGCAGAUCAAGCGGAUUUUACUGAUUCACUAAUGUUCCGGUCCACAAAGGAGGAAUCGGAACGGUUAAUGGACUUCACAAACGUAGCUAAAGACCAAACCAUUAUAAGGAGUAAUACGGAAAGCCUUGUUCCUCCAGAUGGUGAAUCCGAGGUUAAAGUUGAAAGAAAGAAAAUGAAGAAAAGCAAAAGAAAAACGGUUGUAGACACAAGUGCCGGAUCACGGUUUCCUUUGACUGUCGCGGAGUGGCCUCUAUCCCGGCCUGAAGAACAAGACAAACGCGCAAGCACUUCAUUAACCGAAAAGGAGCCCAAGCAAGCUCAGGAUACAGAUAACAGAAACACUGUUAAUACAGAACCGAUCUAUUCUCCGACCGCAGUCGAGAUCGAAUCCAGCCACGAAGAUCCUCAAAUUACAAUUGAGAGUAUUCACGACGAUUCGUCAACUGAGAAACUAGUCAGCACCGAUGAACCAUUUCAGAAGCUAGACAGAAAAAAAUCGAAAAAUCGAAAGAAAAAAGAAGCGGCUUCGAAACCGAUCCUUUCUCCGUCUGUAGAUAAAUCUUUAACAACCAAAACCUCUACUUUGUCUAAUAAGUCUCUUAUGAUCCACAAUGUUUCUCCAGGCUCAUCUCGUAACAAUGAUCGUAGCAUUCGCUCGACAUCUUUGCCAAUCGAAACAUCACGCGCUGAUAAAACAGAGGCUACUAACGAUGCAGAAUUCCACUUGGUUAAAGACAGUUCUAAGGGGACGAAAUACGCUAACCGAGGAGUUCAAAAGAAGCGUUUGGUUUUUCCAGAAUUCCAGCAAACAUUCUCUCAAGAGGAGAGGUUUGUUCGAGAGGUGACGAGGCAACUUCUUAAAGAUACUAAGGAAGAUGCUCCGUUAUCUCAGACGUCCUCUCUCCGAGCUCCACCAUCAUCCUGGUCGUUACAUCCUCGGUUCGCAACAUACGCAGAUGUUGUCUCAGGUAAAGCGAGUCGUUUAGUUACUCCUCGUGAGCAAAGUCCAGCUAAGCAAUUGCUUCCUCCAGCUGAACGGCAGCAACCGCAGGACAAUUCAGCGAAGUCAGGUGAUAUCUUUUCCAAGCUUGAACCUUACGAUCCAAAUUUUUCCAGUUAUUCUCGAGGUAGCACGUCUCUUUUUAGCCUUGGACGCCGUUGUUCGGAGGUGGCCGUACAAUAUGUAACCGACAACACGGGUCUUUGGGCCAGUGAAUUGUACGGCUACUAUCCUGCUGACGAAUCCACACAGAAUUACCCCGAAAAUACUUAUGACAUACAGUCAACACAUUCUCCUCUUCAAGAUGUGUCUUCCCCAGGGAUUGGGAAUCUGUCUCCGCAGACUUCUGCAGUCAAGCCACCAGGUAGUCAUAUGGAGGAAAAUUUACCAUCGCCGACCCAUUUUGUAGAGCAGAUAAAAGUAAAUGCACCCCAACAGUAUGAUACGUCAGAGUUACCUUCGUAUGCCGACGUGUGCGCAGGUCGAGUUUUUGCCAGCCCCAGGCCGUCCAGGGGGGUUACUCCCAUGCGGGAGCCAGGAUACGCUUCUCAGACUUACAAUCAGACAGUAACGGAGGAUAAACCAGUGUUUGUGAAUGACCAACAGGGUCAACUGAUAGCAGAAUGUGCCCCACAUUCACCGGCAAUAUAUAGCACACAGGACACAGCACAUAUACACGACUACACUCACGCCGAGACACAACCUUUAAACACAUCAGUUACCAUCAGCACAGGUCCUUUGGAGACGGGAGGCUCUUUAGGAACGUGGGAGUCCUUCGGUGCUCCAACCCAAACCGCUCUGUCCGGUGGGAUUACUGUAGUCAUCCACAGAGAUUCUAUAGAUGAGCUUUCAGCUUCGCCACCAACGGAAUUUUCUCGAAGGUCUUCGGAAAAGGACACCGAACUUGAUGGCGGUCUGCAGCAAGACGCUGCCAUCCAAAAACGAAAUAGGAAGAAAAAGAAACAACAACGCGAGGCUGACAAUAUUUUGUCAGAGGAAGACACCACAUCCGCAUUUGAAAGCUUUCCUAUUUCUGAGGAGUUAAAGAAAAAGCGCAAACAGAAACGGUCUAGGCAACGCACUCGAGACCCGCUCGAGGCUAUUGCCGGAUGGGUUGCGGAGCCUGCCACGACAAGUUUAGAACCUACAUUGCUAAAUAGCAGUCAUAGGGUGACAAAAACCGCUGAAGCAUAUAGCUUGAUAAACGAGCCUGUCCAACAAGCGUCCAACGUGAGUUCAACUACCCCAUUGUCGGUGAUUGACGACAAGUACGUAAGGAACAACACUAAUAAGUCAACGGAUAUGUCGGUGGAAGUGGCUCUCUGUGACACAACGAGUAAGCAACCAUUUACGAGCGAGUUCGACUUGACAAUAAUAAGUCAGCUUCCAGCAGACCAACAACAACAGCCUGACAACGGUCAAGUUCUACCGAUGCCCACUGACAAUGCCGAUAAGUCUUCCAAAAAGUCCAAGAAAUUCAAGUGCAAACGGGAUGAAAAGAGAUCGGAUCCCGCUUCUCUAGUUAAGCAGGCCGAAGCGGUUUAUAGUGAUCCUGCCGAACUCCAACCAGCCAGGAAAAUCGCUUGUGAAACAGCAGAAAUAUUUACUGAAGAACAACAUAAUCAGUUUGUUUCUGAACUUCACGAUCAAGACGGUAAAGAGAUUUGUCCCGCGUCCAGCGUAAAUGAUAAUUCUUACCUAUUAAAUACCACAGUCAAGACGACUACAGAAGUUGGUCAGACCUUUGAAGCAAGUAAAACCGUAAUGACAGGUUUGGAUUCAGCUGAAACCGUAACAAAUGUUCCUGAUUUGUCGAGAGCUCAAUUAGAACAGCCAGUUCCACACUUCGCAGCACUCAGUCAAGUACAACAAUCAGCCAUACAUGAAACGUGUGCCGAAUCUGCUAAAGACACUCCUAAAACUGUUGGCAAAACUGGUAAGAAGAAGUCCAAGAAGACUAAGAAGAAAAUCCAUACUGAGACCUUAGCCAGAGGCACAGACUUUAUAACAGAAAGUUCUAAGCCACCAGAGAGUUCGAAAACAAUGGAAAUGCCGAUUUCCGAAAAAACGGUGGCAAUGUACCCUCCAGUUACUGAAGCGGAAACCGGCUUGCUAAUAGAGGACGAGAACUUAUUAUUCAGUGAAACAUUACAGCUUUCGCAGACAGGAGAUUUGGAAGAAAAAGUUACCGAGCCUUUACUAUGUAGCACAGUCGAGACUGAAACGAAAUUAGCCGAGGCAGUGGUUAACUUGACCACAGCAGGGCAAACGGAACCUUCUGGGCUUCAGUCAUACAGCCUUGAGAGUGUCAGGACACAUAAAAAGGAAAAGACCGAAGGAAAUAAAGCCCCGGGGGAUGAUGACGGACGGUGCAGGGUCGAAGAAGAAAUCCAGCCUAUCAACCAACCGCGCCUUCUUUCUGCUGACAAACAGCCUGCGUCUAUCGAUGAACAAGAUAAGACAACAGGAAAGAAAAUUCAAUCUAUUUUCUCUAAAAAAGAUAUUCCUGCUACACCGACAGUAGAACAGCCUGUUAACGAUGUGGACAUCGACAUUCUCCUUCAUAAAGAGACGAAGGAUGAAAUUUCCGCAAUCGUAGAGACUGGUGUCGACGUUGUUGCGACAGAGCAAGUGCCGUCAGAGAAGUCAGAUACAUCUCAGAUUCGGCUGCCUGACAACAUCCAAGAUGAUAAAAUGCUUUCUACAGCGUCAGAGCAACAACUUUCUGAUGUACUACAAUCAGUAAUAGAUAAAACUUCGCCCGAUAAGGACAUUAUCAACGUUCUGAUAUCGGGACCUACCGAGGACAAAUCAGAAUAUGUCAGCUCACCUGUUAAUAGAGAACUACUUUACACGGCUGCCAAAAAAUCUAUACAACCAACAGGUACACCGGAAAGUAUAGUUAGCCCAUGUAUUGAAGCCAAUCUAUCGGAUGUUUCCAGAGAGGAGAAUUGGGACAUUAAUGAAUUCUUAACUAGUACCCAAACGCUAACUGAAGAAUCAAUUAAUGCGAAGGAUGCAAGGCCUUUUUACGCCAAAGCUGUGACUGAGCAGUUUGAAGAUGCCCAAAUGUUUUUUCAAACCACUGAAGAACGGGCACAUGAAAGCCUGUCAGAACAGAGACAAACUUACACUGAGGAAGCAGCACUUCAUGUCCAAGACGAAAACACAAGGAAGCUAGAUAUUGAGUCAGCGGUUUUUCCGAGUAUAACAAAGCAGCAACCUACUGAAUUUCAGUCUUCAGGUCAUGAGAGUAGUAACGAACAAAAGGACAAGACAAGCACCGAACCCGGAUUGCCUACAGCCAAAGUGGAUGGAGAAGAAUCACUAUUUGUCAAAGAGGAAGCUUCAGAUAUUUUUCCUUUUACAGGUAGUGAGCCAUCUGAAAAAAGGCCGAAGGUUCAAUUAGAGGCAUUGGAAAAACAACAGACAAUCGCACUUUCGCAAGAAAUUGUUAGCGAUUAUGAUACUAAUAUAACCUCGUCGAAACUAGGUACUACACCCGUUGCGGAUAAGGAUAAAUGGCGUUUUGAACAAAGUGCCACCGACUUUUCGUUUGAACCAACGGAAGAAGAGCUUGAACCUAUGUUGGCAUCCGACCAGUUUACCGAGGCAUGCGCUGAAAAUGAUGAAGUGAAGCCUAUAAGCGCGCAUGUUGAUACACGAGACAUUCAAAAUAAGGCAACAACUAAAGAAUUUAUCGCUGCAGUUGUCCCCGAGCGUGUUUCUAAAAAAACUGCAAAAGAAAUGCUCGCAAAGGAUCAAAUGGAUUUAACAUCAGCGGUACACGAGAAGGUGCAAGGAUUUAAUGUCUUUGAAGAGUUUUUGAGUAACUUUGAUGCCAACAAAGAUACAGAUAAACCAAGCAAGGAGAAUGCCGAAAAGUGUAAGGAACUUGAAGCAAAUGAUGGGCAGAAGGCCUCAAAGUUCGCUGAUAAGGUAUCUAGUGACACUGUUCCUAACUUACCUGCUUCCAGAGUUAUUUCGGAACAGUCAGAACAAUCCGUCAUACAAUCCAGUAUUGCUCAAUUCCAUCCAGUACAACCAACCCAGAGUAGCUCUGAAAUUCUCUCUGACACAAUAUCCCAAAAAGUAAGUACGGCUGUCGAGGAACAAGCCCUUAAACUUGCUACGCCCGAAGAAACUGACAAGGAGGUCCAAAAAAGAGAUACAAAGGGCAGGGAAAAACACACGCCAGUGGGCAAAAAGAAACACGUUGCUGAGUCUCCUGAGAGACAAGUUGGACGCAGUCAAAGUCAACUAUUUAUAAGCGAUAUCGCCGAAGUAUCACUUAGUGAUCACAGUAUCAGUGAGGAAACAAGGAAAAAAGAUAACAAGAAAUCGAGGAUCAAAAACAUAUCACCGAACGAUAAUGAAGAAAAAAAUUCAGCGAAACGUACACAAGACGAUGUUCCCGCAUACUGUGAAGAACGGUCAGUGAACCUUGGACCACCCGUACAUGUGAGAAAAGAGCGAGCUGUUACUGGCGUUAACAGAGCCACACGCGCAUAUGAAGACACACCUGUAGUUUGGGAAGAAUUGUCGAUUAAUACUGAAAGAACUCCAUGUGCCGGCGAAGAACAAAAAAUUGGCGCAACUAAGCAUAUGUAUGAGGGAAAGUCAACAUCCUAUGAUAAAUGGUCCACUGUCCAGCAUCUAGUUUUGACUCCAACAGAAGACCAAAGCAUCAGUGGAACUGAAACAGCUGUGUACACAUCUUGCAAAGACCAAUUGACAGAUAUUGAAUCAGUGCCCCAUAUAAUUGAAGAGGAAAAAAUCAGCGAAGUAAAAAUAGAAGAUUAUCCGCUUGAAGAAGUGUCUGCAUACGGGAAGGAGAAGGCCACAGACACUGAGUUAGUUUCACAUGUAGGCGAAGAGCAAAUAGUCGGCGCAACUAACUUAGACAAGUUCACAGACAAAGAUGUGUCAGCGCCUUGGAAACGACGUUCACUUGAUCGCGAAUUACUAAGAGGAGUAACUGAAGGACAAACCGUACGUGCAAUUGAUGCGGUCAAGCACGCAAAUGAGGACGCGCCGACCUCGUGGGAAAAACGAUCAACAGAGUCAGAUCAAGAACUACUUCUGCACGCACAAACUGUUAGCAAAGUCGAUCCCGCCGGUGCCUUCGACACUGCCAAUCAUGUCGGUAUUACAAUUGCAGAACACAGCACUACCGUGGCUAGCACCUUGGAUGAGCCUCGUGACUUUCAAAAUGAGUUCGGUGCCGUAUUUCAAAGUAUAGGUGAGCUACCCAAAACUGGCGAAAACACUUCAAAAGUUAGGGACUCGGUCGAAUCUGCGGAUAGUGGCACUCAACACAAGGAAGAAGCAGUGGCCAAUGCUGAGACAAAUAUACUGUCUAAAAAAGAGGCUAGUAAAGUUACUCACAACGAAGCAACAUCCGAAACUACUACCGGAAAGAACAUCGGAAGUAUAGAACUAGUCAUGGAAAAUCCCCUACUAUCUAAGGACAGCGUCCCUCACAAGCCCACACACGACGGUAUCGAAGACCCUGAAAAUGACAUCGGGGCCAAGAAAGAUCUUCGAGAAGAAAAAAGAGAUAAAAGAAAAAAGAAAUCUAAAAAGAACGAGAAAGCAACGCCAGUCACUAAUAGUAAUAGGAGCAUCAGUACAGAGGAGUAUACGGAGAAUCCAGUUAAAGCAGAGAUAGCUCCACCCCAGCUUCAUAUGAGCGAAGAACAAAAGGUUUCCGAUACAGAGAAGAUCACCGGUGCUCUUGCUAUCGAUCAGCCCGUAGGCAUACUAACUGGAGGGCGUAGCCCGACUGCAUUUACCUCUUCAUUACCACCAUCUCAAAAUAUGGCAAACGUAUCGGACGCGGUGUCACAAGUUCCUGAGAAGUUUGACGGUUCCUCUAAGAAACUACUUCAGAAUGACAAAGAUAAAGCACCAGAAGUUAUUAGUGGCGGUGCUUUUGAAGAUAACACAUAUCCAGAUUGGCAAGGCGUGCACCCCACUGAAUUUCACAUACUUGGUGCGGAGAAACAGUUACAGAUUUCCCCGGGUACCAAGGGCCCAACUAUUCAGCAUAGGCCAGAAGGAGAUACUGACAAGUGCCACCAUAAAAUAGAUAAGGAGUAUAGCUCCGUUGCAGUUAAUCCAGAGGUUUUCACAGGUGCAGAUGGUGACAUACUGCAGCCAACUGAAGACAUCUUGGACAUGUCUUGCAAAUUUUUCGAUAGGCAACCCAAGCACGUUGUGGAGUGUUCAUCGCAUGUAGAUCACACGAAGGAGUUAAUUUCUGUCACAGCUGAAUCUUCCUUAGAAGGAGAUGUCACGGAGAUUAAAACAGAGGGAACUACAAAAACGACUGAAUAUCUUAACACUUUUCCAUUGGAAACUGUAACACAUGUGCAGGACACUGCUGAAAGGAGCAUUCCCAGCGUUCAACAAAAUCCUGGAAAAAUAGGAGAAGAGAUUGCGUUGGUUGAGGAGUUCAUAAGUGAUGGAAAGGGGUACGAUGAUAUUAACGUUACAACCUCAAAUAUUGAGCCCGUAAUCGAACAAGCUGUCAUGUUUGCUUCUGUUAAGGAUACGCCAAUUGAUGAGGGUACUAACAACCUCAAUUCUGUUCCACUGCUGGAAGAAUCGCAAGCAGCUCCAGGUUUUGACGCAGGUGAUGUCGAAGAUCCUCAGAUCGACCAAUGCAUCUCAAUGCAGCAUAGAAUUGAUAAAUACCAAGUACAACAGCCUGUGGUGCCUGAAACGCAGACUAUACAGCAGCAGGCUUCAGGUAUAGAAAGACACGCUGCGUACUUUAGGGAUGAUAAAGAUAAAUGUGGAAAGAAAAAAAUGAACAAGUCAAGGAAGAAACCUCAUCCAGCUAGCGAUUUCUUUCAACCUUCUUCAGACAAUUUAGUCGAUGUCGUACCCAGCGUGAAUCAGCAGGUGCCUCUAGAGGAAGCGCGUUCUCUUGAUGAUGACAAACUGUCAACAUAUAAUGUAGAUAGUACAGCCGUAAUUACACAGGAAGCGGGAACUUCAAUAACAGAGGUUACACCAAAAAAAUCAGCUGUAGCCGGGCGUGAUGAGCCUAGGGAAGAAAAUCGUGAAAUGGCUGCUUACACUAAGAUCUUUGAGACAACGGAAGAUCUGUUGGCAAACGUUGAAAGCAUUCCACACGACAACGAAGCGUAUGGCUCAGGCUCAACAGCUCAUGAAGCUUGUCAAAAACCGGCGGUAACUAUGCCAACAAACCACAUGCUUGUUGAAUCGACAGCCUACGAAGGCGCUGAGUUCGUCCAAUUUGAAGGGGAUCUUAUCCUUCCAGCUAUCCCGCAGGUUGAGAUAUCUGCUAUAAACACUACCGAAACAAAGGAACUCGUGUGGCGAAGCACUACCUUCAAUCAUGAUUUCUUCCUACCUUCAGCAAUGGAAGCAACAAGGGGCCUGACGCCUGAGCCUGGUUUGGACGACGUCCAAAAAGCUGCCAAAACCAUCCAGAAGGCUUAUAGGCACUAUAGAACGCGCAAGAGCCAGUCACCCCUUGCGACGCCGAAAGAACACGUUGAUGGUGCGGAUUACUUUUCUGACUCCGCUCUUCAGGAGAUGCAUAAGGCUGCUCGAAAGAUCCAGAAAGCCUUUAAAAACUUUAAAACAAGAAAAGACCAUGAUGCAGAACUUAAGAAGAGAUCAAAUGAAGAAGAGGCUGCGAAAAAGAUACAACGAGCAUAUAGAAGGUAUUACAACAAAGUAGAGCCACCUGUUGAUAUGGGUGCUUCUACACAGGACGAUUCCAUUCAAGAGAAACAAAAUGAAUUUGCCGCCAGAACGAUUCAAAGAGCAUAUAAAAAAUACAGGAAGCAAAAGGGCAACCGCAAGCCAGCUCUCGCACUUCCUGUAACUACAAAUGGCGCAGUAGAAGAGGAAGCAGCGGCUCGUAAGAUUCAAAAGGCCUAUCGGCGAUUUGCAUCCCGAAAGCAUCAGGAGGGUCCCUCUAAGACGCAACAUGAUCAACCGUCUGUUAGCAUGCAAAACUGGCAAAAGGAAAAUGCUGUCGCGCGUAAGAUUCAGAAGGCAUCCCGCAAACAUAAAACGCGGACGGUUGUUCAAACGGACGGUCCUAGCUUGGUCGACAAAGGUUCUCCUCUCACUGAGGAAGCUGAUCCUGAAGAGUUGGAUAAAAAGCAAUUCCAGCUUGCUUCCCCUUUGGUACAAGACAGUAACGCAAAAGAAGACUCAGAACCAAAGGAUAGAAGGAAAAAAUCAAGGGAAGAAAAAAAUUUAUUGUCCGUAUCAGACCUAAAAGCUAAACAGAUAAACCAGUCUCCUCAAGUGGAUGACUUCUCGGUGUCUACAGUCCCUGCGGGUUCAAUUCAAGAGCUAGAGGCUACGGAGCGUUCUAUCGUAGAAGAUUUGAUACAGGCAACUGGCGACGGUAAUUGUAAGCUAGCCCAAAGUAGCGAAGACAGCACAAGAUGUUUUCAAGAAAAUGCAAGCACACUGAAUGAGACUGAGGAGGAGAAAGCUGCACGCAUAAUCCAAAAGGCUUUUAAACGGUAUCAGGCUACAAAGCCUUGCAGCACCCGUACGGAGGCUCUCACUCCUCUGACAGUCGCGAUUCCAUUCACAUUUAAUUUAACCGCCGAGGAUAUGCCGGCAGAGGCUGCCCUUUUGAAGGACAAAACAAUUGACUCUGAAUGGAGCCAGUACUUAAGUCCUGCAUCGACACCGGAGGAGCAACCAGCUAAAUCUGUCGAUACUUCGGGUGAAGUACAACGGCAUGUAAAUACCCCACUCUUAGUGGGAUCUCCCUCCGUGUCUGACGCCUGGGAUGAAUUCUUUGGACAAGCUACUGAUGCACCCAGCGUAUCUGAGGAACGAAUUCAAGACACUAGAAGAAUUCGUCAAAUUUCGGGCAGCAGUGUUAAAUCAAUGAUUGGAGCUCCACAAGAUUUUCUUGCAAUGGAUCCUGACGUAAAUGAUGCAUGGAAAGCCUUUUUCAAAGACAGCCCUGAACCGCGUGAAAGGAAUGAGGGUUCUACAUCAGCUCAAAGAACAGACGAUGCUACUGUAUUCCAGUUAGAGCCCCCUCCUAACAUAAAGUGCCCAAAAGAAGUAUCUCAAAAUGUUGAUAUAACCCAUGGAUUGCCUUCGCAAUGUUGGGACGAUAUUCUCACCACGCUCCCAUCACCGGUACCUAAAGUGCUGCAACAGCCGUCUCCCGACCACAUUGAUGCUGUCCCGCCAACCCCCAGGAACUCUUUCAUAGGUACAGCCUCGAUUUCACCAAAAAACGUAUGGGGUCGCGUUCUAGAUGAACAAUGGCCAAUUCUUGUAGAGCCGAAAGAGAGCGAACUGUUGGGUACCGCAUGCGGCGAUCAGCAGAAAGUCAGCAGCGGUGACUUAAUACACGAUGCACAAGAAGGCUCAGUUAUGAAAACAGACUGCGCAGAGCUGGACCAAUCUGGCUUCGAUAUGAUUCAACAGCCUAUUGCUACCGAAUUUCAGGCAGACUCACCGAAGCAAUCGAAUACCGUACCUCAGGAGAGAGUUGAGGAUAGUAGGCAGAUCGCCAAGUCUGAAGAUGUCUUGCCUCUAUAUACGACUACCGUACCCACCGACAAGGAAGAAAACAAAAAGAAGAAAUCUAAAAAGCCAAAGGAUGCUACCGAAAUGGUACCGAACGGGAGAAAGAAUAUGCCACCUGCUUCUAUUGAGCCCGAACUUAUUCCUGAGACCAUCUCGUCUCGAAAACAGGUCCCUAACGCUGAGCAGGUAAACAUACAAGGCGACAUACAGAGUGACACAAAGAGAGUCACGGGGAAGCCCGUGACUUUUAUAACAGCACACAAUCAUGAGUCAGGUACACCACAAACAGUUUUCACACGCACUGAUUUAGAUAAUGCAAACGUUGGCAGUAAUCCCGCUGCUAGCAAAAAUUGGUGGGAAAUGAUGCCCGAUGAUCUAGAGAAGCCUGAAAUAAUUUCUGGCAACGAGCCGCUCGCAUUGAUAAUGGAUGAUCCGUUUGCCGCCGUGGCCGUAGAUAACAAGCCCCGGCGAGCAAAAACUGUGGAAAGCCCACAUCUCGAAACAGUACCUGAAGCUUCGAAAGAAACAACGCCAGACCACGCCGUUGCGCCUACCACAGCCGUGCCAGCCGAUGACUCCAUUAACGUACUUGAUGCGCUUACCGAUUCUGAUACGAUCACACAUGACCAUGAGGACCUUUCGCAGGUGACGGAGUAUGAAGGUUGUUCUCUUCUCGAUACGGAUGACGCCGCGUUAUCGUCCGAGAAAACGGUCGUAAAAACUGCCGCGGCCAGUGCUGAAUCUGAUGGCGAGAGAAAGGACGGCAAAGAGAAAAAAGGUAGAAAGAAGAAAAAAAGUGCCGAGGACGGUCGACAACCAAAACCUGUUCUUUCGAAAAAGUCUUCAGAAAAAGCAACUCCAGUCGAUAGUCAAGGAGGUUCUAAUGAUCUUCAGCCGCCAGCAAUACUUGGAGACUUAGAAUCGAUGGUUGAAGCGCUUGCCGAUCAAAUUGUGCCUGACGCUGUCGAGAGCACCGCUCAAUCAAUACCUAAGAACACUGCAAACGAGACAAGCAAUCCCAUAUCAGACGCACUUACCGAUCAGACAGAGCUCGACACGGACAAAUGCACCGUACAGUUAAAAACUCAAGAUAAUGCACGUAGGAUGUUAAAUUCGGAGCACAAGUCGCUCGAUUCCGCCCUUAUAAAAAUGACUGAAUCAACUGAACCUGAGAUCAUCCCUGUAACUGUAGUCAAAGCAGCAAUGAGCUUAGUUCAGGAUGAAGGCGCGCAGAAGGCGGAUACUAGUGAACACACAAAUAAAAAAUGUCGAAAGAAAAGAACCACUACAGGAAAAGAAAGAGAAGACGAGCCUGCGCUACCUAUCGAUGUCUUUACUUCCGGCGAUAUUGUUUGCCAACCGAGUGAUGAAGGGAAUCUCUCUCCUAUUGUGAAUACCGAAAGUACAUCCUACGAUCUCGAAACGAUUCCAAAAGAUGAAACCGUUUUGGAUGAACGGAUCAUCGCUGAAGGAGACACCAGCAUCGACGCUAUUCCGGGACUCGUUGAAGCCCCAGAACUAUUCAUCGAGUCACCGACAAGCGAAGGAUUCGGUGGACGCAAGAUUCGCAAAGCAAAACGACGACUCGUUAGAUCUUCUGAAGAAACUGCUACUCCAACACCUUUAAGUGAUAUCAUGCCGCUCACGGACUCCUCUAGUAAAGCCAAUACAAGUCAGGACGCUACGUGGGACGAAUUUAGCGAAACCAACAAAGACUCUCUAGGGUCGCUUCCAGGUGAGCCGACGGAAGAGCUUCCCGAGCACAGCGUAAGCUCUGCACCAGGUUCAGCUGAGCUGGUUGAGGUUGAAACAUCCGAUACGCUCAGUGAGAAUCAAGAUCUCGCUGCCAAAAACAAGAAUCUAGAUGACGUACUGGAGGUCGCUCGGCAGAUACUUAAUCUGGACGUAUCCCUGCUGCGAGCUCCAUCCUCAUUUCAGAUAUACAAACAGCGCCUCCAGGACCUCAUGCUACUCAUUCAACGACUAAGCAACGAUUGUCCAUCGAAGCAAAGUCAAGCGGACGAAGUGAUUCGCCUGUUGGAGCAAGCCCAACAUCAGCUCGACUCACUGGAUCGAUCAGGUGACGACACUGCGCGAGAUUUAGAGCUACAGAUGCUCCGAUAUAUGAUGACAGGCAUUAAUCAGGAAACGUCGGACGCUGCCGAAGGCGUCUCGGGCCCCCAAACCAUGCUAGCGCCAAUCGUAAGGCCGACAAUAGCAGAGCCCUGGCAGAACCUGUGCGCUUUGGCCAAAAGCCUCCUUCAGCGCUCCUCAACAGAUAAGGUUUCUUCUGUCGAAUAUCUACAUCUUUUACGACUACUAAUGGAGAAGAUAAUUUUCCUUCAGCGCAGCGUUGACGAGCAGCUUGACCAUUCUGCUGCAGUCAAGGAGCAAACGCAGCUGCGUUCUCUGUUCCAGUUGUUACAAGAACAGGCGGGUCAUCUUUUCCCCAAGGAUUCGCAAGUGCAAGCAAUGCUCGAUGAUACUGAAUCUUCUUUACAGAUGUUGGCAGCGGCCACGGAACAGCGUGCGCCGAAGCCGCGAAGGUCAAAGCCAAAACUUACCAGGCAAAUCUCGCAGAACACUACGGAACUGAGCAAAAAUCUCAGUCAUUACGCCAAUCUAAUGCGCACUCGGAUCGAUCGUGAAUUCGUGGAGAACGUCCCACUGCAGGUGGCCACACUAGCUAAUUUAGAAGCAGCGAUUGAUUAUUUAUCAUCACUUCGGCACUCCCUGAAAACCUCCUUAUACAAACUUCAGCAGUCGGCUUCCAAAAGUGAGCUCGACCUAUCGCAGGCCAUCGCACGCUGCAUUGAAGGUGUCCAGCUUGCGGACGAUAACAUCUUGCGUCUACGUAAUGCACAACGAAUUUACGUUGACAUAUGGCAGGUUGCACAGGAUGUGAUCCCGGGAGAAGUCACAUCUCUGGACGAACAACGGUUCGCCCUCUGGAUACGCGAGCUCCCAACGGGCACUGUACUCGUAGAGGAAAUACUGCAAGCUCUUUAUAACAGACUGUGCGAACUAAGAAAAUGCCGCAUAGAAACGCGAAAAACCCUUAGAAACCAAUUCCGGCAACAGGUCAAAGAAUCCAGCGAAAGAGACAUCGUUGAGCAGCUGAAGCGUGCUCAAAAGCUUCAAGAACAAUUCGAAGAAAAUAAUACUAUCCAACCCUUGCUUGAGGCGAACACUAUCUUGGAUGUGAUUAACGUCAACGGCCGUACGUCCGAUGUUAAAGAUCUCGCGGGUAAACUUAAAUCGAGGCAAACAGAUAUGUUACACAGGGUGGCUAGCGAACUGGACAAAUUCGGAGACGAAAUAAUUGAUUCGACUAAAGAGCUUCCUGCUGGUGCCUUCAGAAAUCUCCGAGAACACCUUUUAAAGGACGUCCGAGAUAGGCAAAGUCCAUCCUACGAUAUACCCUGUGGAUUGCAAGCAAUAGACAACUGGAACCAACAUUACGAAGAGGUGGCCACAAACACAACCAGCCACCGUAUAGCUACGGUUCUCGAUGCAGUGAACGAUUCUACUAGUAGAGCAUUACAGGAAGAAAGGCCCUGUCCAUCUGUACUCGAGGCGAAUAUCCAAAUUCUAAUCUUCGAAGCCCAGCACGACAUUCUCAACAACCUAUUAGUGGUGGCCACAAACGUUAUCACUGAAAACGAUCCUGAACGGUUUCGAAGUCUUCGACUUCUGAUUCUGGCAGUGCUACGAAAGAUCGAAUCUCGACUGCAAGUGACCACGCACCGUGGUCUGCAGGAACUGAAUCAGCGCCUCAACGAAAUUCGAAUAACUGUUGAUAGCCGUAUUAGCGAGUUGACCCAGGAAGAAGGAGCCCUACGUGAAGCAGACGAUUUCCUUCAACAGAUGCAGGUGGCCAUCGACGAUGCUCAGAUGAUUCAUUCGAACGUAGAUGCUCUGAAGCAGGUGAUGCAAAACCGACAAGGUCUCUUAACAAAACUUCGCUUGGUGAAGAACUUCCCGCAAAGAGUGGAGAAUAUUACGAAGAAAUGGCAGGAGACCGCGGAGCGACUUACUGCGGUCGAGGACUUCCAGAAAAAGCAGCAAAGAAUCAGAAAUGCUCAAGAGCAGAUUGUUCUUGGGGAGAACCCAAUUGAUCUCUAUCGUCGAUUGGAUCCUGAACUUAGGGAGGCUCUCGGAGAGGUCGCACUUCCCGGUCAGCUCACUUACGAUUUCGAUUCCACAUAUGUUCUUCAAACGCUAGACGACACUGAGAGAGCGCUCAAACAGCCAAACAAAAGUGAUUUGGUCCAGCAAAGAAAGCUGCAAAGAUGCCUGAAAGAGAUGCUAAAAGCAAGUGAUUGCUUAAAAACCCAGUCGAAUCAGUGUGAGCUGCGACGAAGGUGGCACGAUGACUUUACACGGCUCAUCGAAGCGCUCUGCCAACUCGAAACGGCUAUUGCUACCCACGAGGACAAGUCGUCUCUCGUUAACCAGUUGCUUGCCUGCACCAGCGAAUCAGGCCGUCUCUUGAGCUUGUCGCCCAACCCUGAAAAAAGACGGUCACAAGCCGCUACUUUACGUGAAUAUGCUAUCCUCAUUCGAAACAAGCUAAUAGCCGCUCGGGAUAAGUUAUCGCUCGAGUUCCAAAUAGAACUAGAACAGACUCUAGCUCAAAUUGAAGUGACGCUCGAGAAAUUUUCUGAGGAAGACGAUCUCUUCGGAACCACCCGGUAUAAUAUUGAGACGCUCCACUCCCUUGUCACAAAGUUGGCAUCUGACACUUUGAAGCUACUUUCAGGUCUAGCGGUGUGCGACGCGGGUACUGUGUGUGAUCUGUUUCAACAAGCUGAAAUCGAGCAACAGAUCAAAGCCAUUCAGGACGCUCACCAAGGUAUUAGGGCCAAUCUGCCAUUACUGGCUGAAGAGCAAUUAAUCGAUAGCGAGACCAAUCUGGCCAUGCUUAAUAUUAAUAACAUCAUUGACGCUGCCAAUGAAGUCCUAAAGCGGAGGCCAAACACCGAGUUAGCUGUCCAGGCAGACGAACUACCGCGGCCAGCUUUUAACACUAUCGUUGUGGAUCAACAAACAGCCUUCGAGUUCUUGCAGGAAAAUCAUGGGCAGGUUGCUUCUGAAAUAGUCACCAUUCAAGAUAAGCCAGUAGACGAAUUUUUCUACGACCUCAACGAGCACAUUGUACCAGUUUCCGAAGCCAAUCUACUGCAGGACGAACUUUGUGCCAAACUGCCGGCCAUUGCUUCGAAGUCCGUAAAGCUCGUAGAGGAGAAUGAGAAGAAGUUGGACGAACUACAGAAGAGACUCCAGCAAGUCCUCAUCCUCAGAUGUGACCUGCUGGCCUCGCUCGAGGCGUUUAAUCAGAACAUGGACGAUGUAAAAGCGCAACUUGACAGACCGUUCACAUUCAGCGAUCUUAACCAACUGGAAAAGUUCAUGGAGAAUCUCGAGAAGCAAAAACCAAAUAAGCACCUUACAGAAGGAUACGCGGCGCUUGAACGAAGCUUUAACGAGCUCCUCAAAUACUAUCAUGAUCUAAUAACAUCAGAAACCGAAGAAUCUAUUAAGCAACAGCUCACGGAAUGUCGCAAACGGAUCGACGUCAUCUGCAAACUUUAUAAGACAAGGGUCAAGCAACUACGCUCAAUUCGAAUUGGAUGGGGCCAGCUGCGUACUAACCUCGCACUGGCCGAAGAAUCCCUGCUCGAUAUCGAGCGAGAUCUUACGCUUGUUCACUCAACAACUACUGACGAACUGGCUUACGUACAAACCAUCAAAGAGAACCUUGAGGCCCGCAUUAUCGAGCAACACAUGCGGGUAAAUCAGCUUCAUUUGAAGCUUACGAAUAGCGGUCUCGUCAAUGACGAGCUAUUUGUCCGUGUUAAAAAACUAAAUAUUAAAUCAAACAGACUCAAUGCCAGUUGCGCCGAGAGGGCAACCCGCGCCGCUGAAGCAGUAUCGCACUGGAGCAAGUUCGAGCUCGAUAAACAAAACGUCAUGGUCGGGCUGACGGAAGUUGAUAUCCAGAUGACAAAGAUGGCCACGGGAAAACUACCGCUGUCCGAUACAAAUCUUGAAGACGUUGGUUUCCGACUUCAGGCAACUGAGCGUCAACUUCAACAGCUGGAGGAGCAAGCUAGUAAGCUAAGAGGCGACACCAUCGACGAGCUCGUGUUUAGCCGGUCCGAACUAGACCUGGAUGUAUUACACAGUCACCAUAAGGAACUGUUGGCAAACGUCGAUCGACUACGUGGCCGUUUGCCCGCACAGCAGUUCCGUCUUGAUCCCACCGUUGUUCAGUUGAUGACAUCUAGCAGCAAUAGGCAGUUACUCGACCAGCUGUCGCUCGACAGCUCGAGCAUUAGGCCAUGUGCGAGAGUCCAUGAAGACGACAACACAAACGAUGCGGCAGCGACGUCGUCGCCAGAAAUUCGCAGUCCUGCGACACUGUUACAGGAAAUCCAGCAGCUAAAGGCGAAGUCCGAAGCAAUUCGUGGUUCGCCUAACUAUAUUGGACAGCGCAUCACGGAGUUCAGUGCACUGCUUCUCCAAUGUGGUGAUAUCAAAUGCAAAAUCGAUACUGCAAUUGAUGAAGAGAUCCGCGAUGCGUACGAGUCAUUCGUGGCCACAACAUUGUCUGAGACGCAAGACGAGCUGCAGGCGACGUUGGUUGAGGCAGCUCAUCUCGACGAGACAGUCGAACAACUGUCUGACUGGUUAACGGCAGCCGAAAAUCGGCUAGUCUCGGCCGAGACCGACGAUGGAAAAUUGGCGGAAUUAGUGACCACCCGUGAUGAUCUCGAACAGGCCCGACCGCUAGUCUACGCACUUCAGCAGGCUGAAUCGUUCGGUCCUUCUCUGCACGAUUCGAUUGAGUUGGUGGCCCAACAGAUGGAUCGCCUUCUUUCACUGUGUUCCUUGCAUGGACUUCAGGCGUCUCAUGAGGUAUCGCCAGCUGGCUCAGUAGAAGAUUUUCUCCCACUGAAGGAGCCUGUGGAAACGCGUUGGCAAUGGUUUGUGCGCCGUGUGAUGCGAAUCUCUCUCCCGAUCCAGGCGCUCCUCUUGUUACUUCUUGGCGCCGCCAGUCUCCUGCCAAUCAGUGAGGACGACUUUAGCUGUGUGUUCGCCAACAGCUUCGCAAGAUCGAUGAACCCUAUGCUCAAGUUCCCUGCCGGGCCCCCGCCGGUUUAAGCGCAAAGGAAAAAAGCUUGUACUUCUAGCUCCGGUUAAGGAAAGAAAAUACGUAAAGCAGUAAGUACAUGUGUGGAUUAGGUCGGUGAGGGGAAACCUUUUUCCCUUAGUCAUCGACUGCCAGCAGUACCCGUCGAAAUUUCGGCGUUUAUCAGCGGAAUUAGUCGAUCAUUAUUGCUUCCGUCCAAGUUUAUAUGAAUCAAUUUCCACGAAUGAACGAAUUGUUGCAUUAAGUUGCACACACUCGACAGAAGACAAGGCAGAGUGCUAAAAGAUAGGAAGAUUUGCGGAGUGCCACUCGCGCACGACGGGAGACACCGGCAUGCACUGGCUAUUGAUAAUAGUCAUUACUACGUGUGGCUAGUAUUGAGGUCAUAAGCAAGUGAUUGCUGAGCGCGCUGAUUUGUCAUGCGCAGCUCUGUGCUCCGCCGAUAAUCCUCUUUCGAUAUCGACCCUAUAGAAGCUCUGGUGAAUUCGCAUUUGCAUCAUUGAAAAUUUCUUCAAAGGAGGAGACAAAACACUAUCUUGUUAACAAUGAUAUAUGACGGAACACAUAAGGAGACAGACGGCUUCGGCAGGAAGAACGUACCGUGAUCAGGGAUGAACACUAACCACAGAAAAACGUCUGCGCUAUACGCUUAUUAUGAGCAGCAACCUUAAGAGUGAAAAAAUUAGGCAAACGUCGCGUUUGGGCCAUAGAGACAAACGGGUCUCAAAAGCAAUUAGUUGCGAUUGUUGGUGAUGCCUGAGCAUGUUCGUGAGGCUGUGCAUGCUAUUCAGAUGUUCAACCAAGUACGGUGUGCACAAACUGCACCGUAUUUAUUAAAAGAGCACACAGCCGCAGUCACGAUUUAGUAUUUAUAGUCGUGUUUAUCGGCAAUGAGGAUCUAAUUAACCGGCUAGAACGGUCGUCGGGCUUCAGUGCUUUACGUAUUUACCAUACCAUUUAAGGCUGAGCGAGUAAAAUAAAAUAUGGAUUAACGUUAUUCAACAAGCAGCACACGUAGAAACAGAUAUAAGGGCAAACAUGCAAAUCUGCCUUUAUCAGCAAACACAUAUUAACACCCACAGAAAUCAACAGGAAGGACCCAUCAGAAAGAAUAAUGCUAUUGCGGGUCUGGCACAUACAGCCACACAUUCUUUUGUCUAAUUCUCGGACACACACAAACAGAAUACAGCCAGAAAGCGGAUCGACAGAGACCCUCAUUGUACAUUUUUUUAGUUUCGUAUGGUACUCCUACCGUGAAAAUAAAAAUCAUUGCAAUGAUUGGAUCCGUUCUUCAUAAUUAACAGUUAUCUACCCAGUAAACAAGCGAUCAAUUAGACAUUUGGUGACGAUCAAUUUCAGCUCGAUAAUAACAAACGAAAGAUGAAGAAGUAUUAAAUAAUAUCGCAUUGCUACAAAGACUCGACAAGUUUGUUCCUGAUAUCCUGUUCAUACUACCCAUUGUUUUGGUCAUCAUGACCCAUGAGAUGUUCCGUUCCUAUUGCCGGUGUAUUCUUUGCGUUGUUUUUUUUGCGCCAACCUAACAACCGAAAAUACAUUGACUAGUAUAAUAGAUAGUGGAUUUAUUGGAUAGGUAGCCGGUAAAUAUGGAGAACGGACCCAAUUUGCAACCAUUUUUAUUUAUUCGGUAGGAGUACUACACAGAAAAAACAAAUUUAAUUGAAAAUGAAGAUCAUUGUUAAUUUAUUGCUCGUCAGUUACGCAUUCGCUUUUGAAAGACUGUCAUUAAAAUGGCUCGCUACAGAAAAUAUUGGCAAGGAUAAAAGGUCCUCAGAGGGGUGAGAUCUUUUCGGAGUCCGUGUUUCCCCUUGGGACGCUGGAAACAUCUCGCAUCCUGAAAAGCCCUUUUUGCGGGAAAUAUUUUUCCUUCCACCUUUUCAAUGAAACAAUAAAUUAAUCAUAAGUUUCUACACAUGUCCCUUGUUAUUCGGAUAUAAUGAUAGGACGAGAGCGUUCCAAACGUAAUUUAUAACUACUUUCAAUAAAUAGUACGUAAUAAAAACCUGCGUGGAUAUGAAACACUGCUAUUGGAUAUCGAGAGAGACCGUACGAGACCGUCAGGUCUAGCAAGUACAUAUGAUUGUGAACCCUUAGUUUGGUAAUUUUUGAGAUCUUUGCUCCGGUGAUGGCAAAUGUCGUGUGAGUACGCUGUGUAGAUGCAAGACCCAAGGGACGAUGCCUUGCAGCAACUAUGCUACAUAGAAGCUCUACAUAGAAGAGGAAAGGCUACACAAAACCCUUCUCUCUCAACUCCCUAUUGGACCCCACCCCGCCUCCUCAAAUGCGCAACCAUUACUUAGUUACCGAAACCUGCUUAUUAUUAAUCGUUAAAAAUUAUAGAGGUAAAGUAGAUUUAAUAAACAGAAACAAAUUCCCUUAAGGGCGA